AAGUUAAAAUCUAGUCAAGAAGUUGUAUUAUCAAUGGAUGUUCUCCAGAGACUAUCAAAUAACAACAUUAUUCCGACAUGUGCUCCAUUUAUUCAACAUAACAUUGGUGAAGAAAACUGUUUGAUGGUUGAUUUACCUGUUGAUGUUUUAUGUUUUGUACCUUUAGACUUGCCCACCAAAGACAUUAAUCAACUGAUAUGUGACACCAUUAGUCGGCAAAUUGAAGCUAUGGGCUGUAACAUACGCGAUAACAUAGACAAUGGUAAAGUUUUCCUACCAGAGGCAUUCCACUUCCAGCCUCCAGAGUCUGAUUAUUUUUUAAGUAUAAUUUACCCUAAAGAUAUAGCAGAUGAUAACCUUGAAAGCUCCAGGAAGAAACUUCAUGAAGUCUUUUGUUUACCUUCCAAUAGACCACUGUUAAAGAGAAACAACAAAUAUAUCUUUGGUGGAGAAGAAAUUCCUGGUGGAUAUUUAUUAAAUCCUCAUACUCAGAUUAACAUCCAACCAUUAAAAGAUUCAAAGUUUUAUCUUGUGAAAGGUAAUUACACUUACCACCACUACAUGCAAGAUAAUUUUGAUGACAAUAAAUGGGGAUGUGCCUACAGAUCUUUGCAGACUCUCUGUUCUUGGUUUAGGUUUCAGGGUUAUACAGAACGCCCUGUACCAACUCACAAAGAAAUUCAACAGGCUUUGGUGGACAUUGGGGAUAAAGAUCCGAAAUUUAUUGGUAGUAGAAAAUGGAUUGGUUCAUUAGAAGUUAGUUACUGCUUAGAUAAUCUUAUUGGCGUCACUAGUAAAAUUCUCAGUGUGAGUGCUGGAGCAGAUUUGGCUAACAAAGGAAGAGAAUUGGCCCAACAUUUCUCAACUCAAGGAACACCAGUUAUGAUAGGAGGGGGUGUUCUAGCUCAUACUAUACUUGGUAUUAAUUUUAGUGAAGUGACUGGGGAUAUAAGGUUUCUUAUAUUAGAUCCCCAUUAUACCGGUGGUGAAUAUAUUCGUGAAGUUCUUGAUAAAGGAUGGUGUGGAUGGAAGGGACCAGAUUUUUGGGAUCAGACUGCUAUGUACAAUAUGUGUUUACCACAGAUACCAAGCAAUGCUUUAUAGUUGCUGUCACUAUUUCUUUAUAAAACGGUACCGGUAACUGUAGUAGUUUUUUUUAUAUAUUAAAAGCCUUUGUGAGCUUUUUUAUGCUACUUGCUUGCUUUGAAAAACAGAAAUCAACUUAAAGGGACAGGUGUGUCAUUUUGGGGGUUUGAUUCCAGUCUUGAAUAUAGGUACAGUCUUUAGAAGUACUAGAAAUGUACUAAAAUCGUCUAAUUCCUUUAAUAAUACUUCAAACUAAGAAUUUUACUCACUAUUUCUAUAAUAUGUCAUUUUCAUAUAUCACAGAGUAUCUUAAAUUGAUGAAUCGUCAUUUUAACAUUCAAUCCCAGAUAAUUCUGGACACACAUGGAUUUAAUGGGUCAAAUUUCGAUAGUGAGCUUUGAACACUAUUACAGACUGGAAUAGCUAAAAAAAAUUCCUGUUUCUUUGACUAAAGUAUGAUGGGUAAAAAAAAAAUGGUACAUCUGUCCCUUUAAACCUGCCAUGAUGUAUGAAAAUUUUUCUAUUUUACAUUUUAUACAUACACAAUUACUGCAAAAAAAUAAAAAUAAAAAGAAACAGCAUACAGGAUUUAUAUAUUAACCCUUUGAACAACUGACUCGUGACUUGCAGUCAUUGUAGGUAGAAUGUUAUUAUUGUUAUAAAGGAUUAAAUUGUUAUGAAUGAAUUGAUUGCAUAAAAAAUGAUUGUUAAGUUAUUGAGUGCUAUAUUAUGUGCUUAUAUGAUAUAAAUUUACUCAAACUAU